AAUCUAAUACUGCAAGUCACAUCUGAUUGUAGAGAAUUCUUUUUCUUCGUACAAGGCCAUUCAUUCUCUGCUAACCACCCCUCGCAGUAGCAGCCAUCACCUCGCGGUUGCUUGCCCCACUCUGCGCUCAGGUAGUCUAACCACGCACAACGGGCACAGCUCUCGCACCACCACAACCAUGAGUUCCCUUAAGAAAGCGCUUGACAAGCUCAAGCCGACGAAGAAUGGUCAUUCACCCUCAGACGACGAGAAGGGUGGCGUCAAAUCGCCUACAUCGCUCAACAGUCAUGCUAGGGCCCAGUCGCCCUCUGCAACAUCCCACUCCUCUGCUACGCUCGGCAACUCACGGGCAAGCGGCGACUUCAAGCGCAGUGAACUCGCCUCACCCACUGAGAGCAGGUCUAGCAUAGAUCAGCCACGCGGCUCCCUCAGCGGCCUCCUCCACCGCCGCACUGAGAGCCCAAACCGGGCUGGUGCCACUAAAACCGCACGCUCGGGUUCUCUCUCCACCCAUAGCCCCAUGCGUGCCGUGAAGGAGAAGCUGCACAUUGGUAACGACUCAAGCGAUGAGGAUGCUCCCCUUAACCGCCAAGGCGAGCCCAUGUCCCGUGGUCAGCUGCGCAAGCAUGAGAGGCAGGCUCAGCAGGAAGAGCGCCACAAGCAGAACAUGGAGAAGGAGGCUGAGCUGGAGCGCAGGAGGAAAGAGAUGGAACAGCAGGCUCUGACUGAGUUGACACCAGAACAAAGGGCCAUAUAUGGCAUUCUCCCUCCCAACGGCUAUGCGGGAGAGUGGAAGCAUGAGUCCCGUCAUAAGAUCCAAGACUUCUCUGCAAAGGAUAUUGGCAAGGAGGUCGUCUUCCGCGCUCGUAUCCAUCACCUGAGGAAGAUGAGCUCCAAGUUUGUCUUCCUCAUGUUUCGCCAGCAGCUCGCUACCAUUCAGGGUGUGCUCGUGGAGCACGCCGAUAUCUCAAAGUACAUGUUGUACUGGGCAGAGCACCUUGACGCCGAAACCGUUGUGCUAGUCAAGGGUAUACUACAGGAGCCCAAGGCCAAGCAGGGAGAGGUCCUCGGCGCCACCAUCCACGAUGUUGAGGUCUCCGUUCACGCAUUGCACGUCGAAGCUUCUGUCACCGAUCACCUGCCCUUCAACGUCAACGAAGCCGAAGUCACCCAGGCUGAAGUGGACGCUGAGCUAGCAAAGGAAGACCACAAGGAGGGUCACACCCGGGUCAAGAUUGCCGAUCGCACACGUCUGAACAACCGCGUUAUCGACUUGAGAACAACAGCCUCGCAAGGUAUCUUCCGCAUCCAGUCUGGUAUCUGCAGACUCUUCCGUAACCAGCUCGACUCGGAAGGGUUCAUCGAAAUCCAUACUCCCAAGCUACAAGGUGGUGCUACCGAGUCAGGAGCCAGUGUGUUCAAGAUUGACUACUUUGGUCGUGGUGCCUUCCUUGCCCAGAGUCCCCAAUUGGCCAAGCAAAUGGCCAUCUCUGCAGACUUUGGCAAAGUGUACGAGAUUGGUGCCGUAUUCCGUGCCGAGAACAGCAACACCUACCGUCAUUUGACCGAGUACACCGGCCUCGAUCUGGAAAUGCAAAUUGAUGAGCAUUACCAUGAGGUCCUCCGUGUGCUAGAUCGCACGUUCAAGGCCAUCUUCAAGGGAAUCUACGAGCAAUAUCGGCCCGAAAUUGAGGUCAUCAAGAAGCACUUCCCACAUGAGGAUUUGGUCUGGCUGGAUGAGACCCCAAUCAUCCCAUUCGCCGAUGCUGUUCGCAUGCUGAACGAGUCUGGCUGGAGAGAUGACGACGGUAAUGAGCUUGACGUGAACGAAGACCUGGGCACCAGAGACGAGGUCCAACUCGGUCGCGUCAUCAAGCAGAAGCUCGGAACCGACUACUACAUCUUGGACAAGUUCCCAGCAAAUGCCCGACCAUUCUACGCCAUGAACGACCCCAACAACCCCAACGUUACCAAUUCUUUCGACAUCUUCUGUCGAGGCCAGGAAAUCCUUAGCGGUGGUCAGCGUAUUCACGACGCUGAUAUGCUGUUGGAGAAGAUGCGCAAACUCAAGGUCGAUCCCAGCUCCAUGGAAGAGUAUAUCCAAGGCUUCCAAUGGGGAGCUCCACCCCACGGUGGUGGCGGUAUCGGUCUUGAGCGUAUUCUCAUGCUGAUGAUGAGUCUUGGAAACAUUCGUCACGCUUCCAUGUUCCCCCGUGACCCCAAGAGCUUGCCAGAGAAGGCUGUUAUCAAACAGCUGCGUCAUCCUGAAGCAAGCACAAUGCAUCCUCCGUGGGAGGGUCAAGAUCGCGCUGUUGCCAAGAUCGACCUUCAGCCAAUCGAGAAGCUCAUUGCCAACUACGGUGACGCGACGAACACAUCGUGGCUGGAGCCUCGCACAGAGAUUUGGCGUGACGAGAACACCGGCGCGGCUGUUGGAUUCGUUCCUCAGGAUGGCUUCGCCAUUACCGUCGGUGACCCUCUUUGCCACGAGUCUCAGUACCUGAAGACGAUGGCUGCUUACCUCAAGUACAUCAAGAAGGAGCGCAACCUCAAGCCGCUCUGGCUACUUGUCGGUGCUGCUGCUGAGGAGGUCCUAGCGACCAAAUUCAACUGGCGCACCUUCUCCGUUACAGGAGAACAGCGUGUCGACCCAGCCCACAACCCCGCCGACAAGGACUCGGAUGUGCAGCGCAAGAUUCGUCACGCCGAGAAGGAGGGAGUGAAGAUUGCUGAUUACAAGAUCGGCUCACCACCACCACCAGAGAUCAAGCAAAAGGUCGAUGCUCGUGUAGAGGACUGGCUGAAGAACCGCAAGGGCAAGCAGGUUCACUUGACUAACAUCCACCCAUGGCAGGAUGAGGAGCACCGUCAAUACCACAUUGCUACCACGUCCGAUGGUACUAUUGCUGCCUUUGUAGCGAUGGCCCAGCUUUCGCCAGAUCACGGCUGGCAAGUCAAGUACUCUCUCGACUUCCCCGGUGCGCCUGGUGGUUCCAUCGAGUACAUUGUCACCCAUGCUCUCAAGCAGGUCGCUGCCGAAGGCGCUACUAGCGUCACUUUUGGUGGUGGUGCCAGCUCCAAGUUCAGCCCCGGACAUAAUGUCAAGGGCACGCGUGUCAAGGUCCUCAGCCGCGCAUACCACGCCAUUGCAACGGAGCUCAAGCUUACCAACAAGACUGAGUUCCGUGAGAAGCUGGGUGCGGUCGAUGACCCAAGUUACAUUUGCUACCCGCCUCACGGGCUGGGCCCUAUGGCGGUCAAGGCCAUCUUGAACUUCUUCUCUGACGACGACGACAACAAUUAAGCGCAGUUUUGGUGGAAGAUACACACGCUAGGAUAAUGAGAUACGGACUGAUUCGAAAGGAUGAUACCACAAGGCGUUUGCUACGUUGAGAGCAUGGCGCUAAUACCUCUUUGCCUCAUUUGAGGAAUAUAUACGUAGUUGGACAACGGGACUAGCUAGAUAGCGUUAAAUUCUCAUUCAAUACCCCCCU